CUGCAACCAAAGAAGUCAAUGUGGGCACGCGUGAAGGCGGAAAUGUUGCACUACUACCACGGAUUUCGGCUGUUAGGUCUUGAAACCAAAAUUGCUGGCGGAAUUUGUUUACAAAUGCUUACAGGGAAAACCCUUACAAGGCGUGAAAGAAACCAGCUCGUGAGAACGGUGGCAGAUAUAUUUAGGCUUGUGCCGUUUGCAGUCUUUAUCAUAGUUCCAUUUAUGGAAUUUCUUCUUCCGUUUUAUCUCAAAUUCUUCCCCUUCAUGCUACCAAGCACCUUCAAGGAUAAAGACAAGGAGGAUGCAAAAAGGAGACGAACACUUCAGGCAAAAUUGACAAUGGCCAAAUUUUUGCAAGACACUGUUAUGAACACGACCGCAGCAUCAGCAAAAGGCAAAGAUAUGCCAACCAUAAUGGAAUUUCAAGAAUUUAUGAAGUUGGUGCGUCCUCUUAUUGGCUUUAUUGUGUUGAUUGUGAUUGCUAUCAGCAGUUUCGUUGAAGUCAGACAGUCAGGCCAGUUGGCAAAUACUACGGAUAUUGUGCGGUUUUCAAGACUAUUUGAAGAUCAAGUCACUUUGGAUUCCUUGCAACAUAAUCAGCUGAAGGCUUUGUGUCAGCUGCUGGAAAUUCCCGCAUUUGGGCCGAGCAAUCUCCUCCGAUUCCAAUUGUGGCUUCGUGUCCGUCAGCUACGGGCCGAAGAUCGCGUAAGUAGCUACUUUUCCCAGUUACUUUGCUUUGUGUCCCCACCCGCGGAAAUAAGUAAUCAAUUUUCAUCAACAUUCUAA